CCUUUAAGAAAUUAAUACUCCCCCCAGGCCAUUUACUUGUUUCGAGUUCUCUUUCUCCUCCUCCUCCUCCAAAUAAUGGGAUGCAUUUCUUGGUGUUGGAAUAAGUUCAAGGUCGACCCUAACUGGCUCAAAGAGGUACGUGGCCAUCUAAUAACGGCAGCCACCUUGAUGGCAACUAUGGCAUAUCAAUCUAUUUUGAGUCCACCUGGUGGUUUUUGGCAAGAAACAAAGCUUGCACCAUCUCCUUCCUCGAUUGAUCCUCUGGACCAGCACACAGCGGGAGAAGCCAUUAUGGACAAUAGCCGAGAUGGCUCUUAUGGUACUUACUUGGUUCUUAACACCAUAGUGUUAGGAACAUCGUUGAGCACUAUUAUGCUGGCCAUGACUGGAUUCCCAAUGGACAACAAGUUUUUAACAUGGUUGUUGGUAUUCACUGUGUAUAUCACACUUUCAUGCAUGGCUGGAGCUUAUAUGAUAGCAAUUAAUUUAGUAUCCAAAAAACAAAUUUCAGAUGAUGCACUUAUUGGACUGUCCAUCGGUUGGAUAUGUAUAUGCGUAUUUGUUAUGGUGCUUCACUUAUGCCGCUUCUUGGUAUGGCUGGGUGAUAAGUUGCUCGAGUCCGUUAUCUAA